AUGGCUCAUUUUAAUGUUAUGGGUUACGCAUUUAAGCCUGUGAGGGACGGGCCUGUAGUGUCUGACUACAUUCUCUCUCUCUCUCUCUCUCUCUCUCUCUCUCUCUCUCUCUCUCUCUCUCUCUCUCUCUCUCUCAGUAUCUCCUGAGGCUACAGUAAAGUGUUUCAGGAGUAUUCCCGGGCGAUCAGCCAGCUGUAUCCGGACAUCCACAUAGAGGGAGAAAACUACCCCCCUUCUCCCCUCAACAGAGUCCUUGGUCAGCUGAUCUCCUGCCUGAAGCUCGUCUCCAUCCUGCUGAUCGUCAGUGGUCAGAAUCCAUUUCUUCUCUUCGGCCUCAACACUCCCCGAGCCUGGACCUGGAGUCAGGACAACAAGAUCUUCUCCUGUCUGAUGGCUUUCUUCCUCUGCAACAUGAUGGAGACUCACUUCCUGUCCACCGGAGCCUUUGAACUCACGCUCAACGACGUCCCCGUGUGGUCCAAGCUGCAGUCGGGUUACGUCCCAAACAUCCAGGAGAUUUUCCAGAUCCUUGACACCCAGCUGAAGAUGAACCAGGUUUAG